AGAUUCUAAAAUGUAUUCAAAUUUCAUAAUUAAAUAUUCCACGAAAUUCAACCAAAGAAAGUAAUACAGUAGUAGCGACAGAAUUGAGCGGAAAAUGGACAAGAAAGGCAGUGUUUACGAUGAAAAUGGUGAUCGGUGUUCGUUUCCGGUGAAACUGGGUGAUUGUUUAGAAGAACUUGUUAGGUUCAGUUUCAGUUCUCGCUCUCACCAUCUCAAUCUUUCAUCUCAAUUCUGCUCCACUCUUCUCAAAGAUGACCCAACAUACCCAUCAUCCUCACACUCACAAUUACAACCACAUGAUUCUUUGGAAGGAGUGCCACCGUAUCCCUUAUACAAGCGUCUGCCUUCAGCUCUGUUGAGGUGUAUUGAUUCUGGAACGUUUUGUAGGACAGGCAGCAAUUUAGCCAUGGGCCAUGAAUUUGAAGAUUCUUCCAUACAGCAGAAACAACAACAGUGGCAAAAAUUGAUUCUGGAGAAGGGGUUUGAAAUAGGAAACAUUUUGAAGGGUGUUUCCUUUGAACUCCACGUCCAAGAGCCUUUCUUUUCACAGCUAACUGAUGGCCUAAAAACAAUUGAAGGGAGGUGUGCUAGUGGGAAGUACAAUAGGAUUAAAUCAGGAAAUCUGAUUCUCUUUAACAAGUCUGUGGUUUUCGAAGUUCAGGGAGUAAGACGGUAUCCAACAUUCUUUGCCAUGUUAGAGGCAGAAAGCCUUGGAAAAGUUCUUCCAGGAGUUGAAAGUGGGGAAGAAGGUGUAAAAGUCUACCGGAGGUUCUACACAGAGGAGCAGGAACAUGAAAAUGGUGUUCUUGCAAUCAUUGUUUCAAAAUUCACCCCUCAACCAUACGAUUCUUUGGCUAGCUUAUUCUGUGGAUUAAGCUAUGAAGGUGUUCAAGGCCUUCUAGGUCUGAUGCAGACCACAGGGACAAUUUCUGAUGCAUUACCUCCGCCAAUAUCAACUCUAUUAGCCUCUUUUAAUUUUCCCUGCAAUCCAAAUGAAAAUGGCUUGACUCAUGGAGCUCGUGCGUUGGCCAAGCAUGCUUGUAGGAGUAUCGGUAGUUAUUGGGGUUCUCUAAAUGGAAACGAUUCUAAUAAAAAUAGGCUUGCAAAGGAUGCCAUUAACCGCUUAAUAUCACAUUGUUGUUGGCUGAAUGUGCAUACUGUCCCACCGCAUGGAGUUGUCUUUGAAAUAAGGGUUGCCGAUGGAUAUGGUGCCCGCUGGAAUGAAGAUGGAAGUAAGGUGUGUGGAUACCCACUAAGUUUUGGUAUUUAUCUGCUUCCAUUACUGGUUAAUGCAUGUUUAUCGGAUUUUUAGAGCCCUACAUGCAAGAUGGUCACUCAAAGGGAUGGAAGCACUAGUUAUGCUAGCUAGACCACAGCAACUGCAGCUUUGUAAUUGAACGUCACAACUUUUCCUUUUUUAUCGUUUGAUGGAGCUGUGUUAUGGUACAGUAUUUGUUUUUUAUCUCUUGACUGUAGCUAACACUCUAGCCUAUAUCUCAGAGUAAUCUACUUAAGGAGACUUCUGUAUAUAGAUAGAGGGUGGAGUCAGUAUAAAUGCUACUUGUUUCAUCUUGUACUUUCCAGAAGAAGUGUCCGUUUGGCCCAACUUGAUCAUUAAAAUAUGCUGACAAGUUCCAU